AUGAGUCCGAUCAACAGUCUCUGGUUCAAGUGGAAGAGCCUUCGCCUACCCUGGCGCAGGUCCUUCCUCGUCGUACAACAACAGCUGACAACGCACCCCCGGAAAACUACAGCCCAAUGGCACCAAUGGCUUCGCUACGUCCGCGCAGACCCCCCGUCCAUCCAAGAACAACAACAAGACAUCAUCCGACAAAUGCAAAUCAAGGAAUUAGCCCGUCUGGCCGAUGAACGCUGGGCCAGCAAAGCAUCGUAUCUGGAUAUGCCCAAAACCCAACAACAACCGCUCCCCGCCACCAACACGAGUGAUGCGACGGUAGCCCAAGCAAACAAAAGCUCUUCGGAGGAUACGCAGACGGCAACGGCGGAGGCUGCGAAGAAGGAUGACCCCUGGGCGAAGGCGGCGGCAGGCGCUCCGGGUCAGAAGUGGCAGCCUGAUUCGUGGAGCCCGACUGCGUCGAAGAGAUGA